UGCCACCACCUGCCAAGCUUUCUGAAAACGCCUGCCACACCAAACCACCGGAGACAAUGAGCUAUGGAAGGCACGGAGGCUCGGACCAGCGAGGGAGCGGACCUCCUAACAUUGACGGCAUGGUGACGCUGAAGGUGGACAACAUCGCCUUCACGUGCUCGCCGGAAGAGCUGCGGGAAGUCUUCGAGGGCUGCGGGAAGCUGGGGGACGUGUACAUUCCGCGCGACAUGAGGACCGGCGAACCGAGGGGGUUUGCGUUUGUCCGAUACCUGGACAAGCGCGAUGCUGACGACGCCGUCGACAGGCUUGACGGCACGAGGUUCAACGGCCGCGAGCUGCGGAUCCAGUACGCCAGGAAACGCCGUCCUGGUGGUGGUGGGAGUGGCGGAUAUGGAGGCGGUGGCGGCGGUGGAUAUGGCGGCGGUGGCGGCGGUGGAUAUGGCGGCGGUGGCGGCGGUGGAUAUGGCGGCGGUGGCGGCGGUGGCGGCGGUCACUACGAUCGUGGCGGUGGCGGCGGCGGGCGCGACGACAGGAGGGGAGGCCGUAGCCGGUCCCCUCGCCGUAGAUCCAGGAGCAGGUCUCCCCCUUCUCGCCGCCGCCGCCGCAGCAGCCGGUCCCGCUCUCGCUCGCCGGUCUCCCCGGGGGACGAUCGGAAGGAGCGCAGGCGCCGCUCCCGCUCACCAAACCCUGGCGGAGGCGGGAGCAGGAGCGGGAGCCGAAACAGGGGGCACGGCGGCGGCGGCGGGGACCGCAGGGAGGAGAGGGACGGACGGAAGAGCCCCAGGGACGACGAUGGUGGCCGCGGCGGCGGCAGCAGGGGCGACGCAGACAGGUAUGGCGGCGAGAGGCGCGGCAGCGAAGCCCCCAGGCACGGCGGCACAGACUAACUCGGCCCCUUAACUCAACACCGCGGCCCAACGCGUGAACAGUCCGCAUCCGUGAUGUGCAACGAGGCUACGCAACACGAUAGCUCCAGCAACAACAGAGUGUAGCCACGAGCCACAUGGGAAAGAGCUGCAGUACGCCACGUACAUAACGCCGGGGUUGUUUCUUGAGGAGCUUCAAGUAGUGCAGUGGUCAUGGGGUUGGUUUAAAAGCUUUCCACCCAAAGUGGGAGAGCGACUUUUCAAGUAGCCCGCCUCGGUUGUUUACGUUUUUUGCUAAUAUCGGCUUACGUACGUCCUCCACGCUUGGAACCUGAGUUGCGUUUGUUUCCCACGCCAGUGCGAAGGAGGUUUUGUUUUCCUAGCGUCUCUUGGUUGUCUAUUUCUCAUGUGGAGUGCUAGCCGUCGAAGACAUGUCCCCCAUGUUUUGGCCAGAAAAGAGGUGGCCCGCAGUUUUCUGAUCGGUGAAAAAUAACUUGCGGCGCCACAGACGGCGUGACGUGCCACCACUCUUUGGCCAAGUAGGGAGAAACCGAUGCACAGACAGAAGUUAGGCGUUUUUUUUGUGCUCUCCCGGUUGUCGGAGGCUUGUUAGAGUGGGAGUGGGUAGGGUAUGGUCAAGCAGAGUGUGAAAUAUAAAGGAUUUGGAGUACUUUUUGGGUGAGCCAUUCAACUAUGCAAGCAAGUGGGGCAGCUGCAGGCUUAAAACGGGCCGCCGAGAGGGGCAUUCGGGGAGAGGGAGGUGAGGGUUUUCUUUUUUUCCGCAAGGUGAGUUCGAGGAACUGGUAUUGGUGCAGAACAUGUUUCGAACGUCCAGGCGUACCAACAAAAAGCGCGCCUCGGCUAUUGCAGCCGAUGGCAGUGUCUGUCGUCAAUGAAGCGUUGUGCAGUUAGCGUGUUUGCGUUUUAGGGCGGAGUAAUGAACCGGGUUUGAGCGCUCGGAUUUCGACCAAUCAGAAUCCCGGGACGACCAAAACACGUCGAGGGCUCUAAAUAGAUGACAUCGCAAAGGGAAAACUGUGGGUGAAGUUCUUGGCACCUUGGUCCACGCUACCAUCACAGCAAGGGCGUUUGAUUGGCUAGGGGAUACCAUUCGUUACGCACACAAGGGUGCGCCAGCUAUCCAUGCGCAAUUGGAAGAAAUGUUGGGGCCGUCGAUGACAAAAAAACGUACGUGGCCAAAGUUUAGUUUAGGAUCUCGGCUGCGAGGGCGGGGAACGAAGCGAUGGAGCGGGCGAUGGCAUCCUUGAUCUCCAUCAUCUGUUUUGUUGUUGAUGUAGUUGAGAACGCAUCCUGGAUCUCCUUCUGUUUGGGUGUUAAAAAGAGUGGCGUCGUGUUUAGUUGGAUCUCCCCCAAGAUGGCGGUGGUGUAUUGUGUCUUCGUGUCGUCCUCGGACCUACACUUAUUUGUACGAUGCUCCCGAGACGCCCUGCUGAUCUCUUCGUUCCCUCUCUUCUCGUCCGCUACUACCCACCUCGACGUAGGCAGGCAUGCUUGCAGAGGGAACCGUUUGGACCGACUUGGGGUUGUCUGAC